AUGCCAACAACCAAUUAUAUAGGAAAGAGUCACCACAGCUCCCGGGCAUGCAGGACUUGCGCAUUGGCAAAAGCAAAAUGUGUACCACGGCCGGGAGGAUCCAGUGCGAAAUGUGAAAGAUGUCAUCGUCUAAAGAAAGAUUGUGUGACACAAACUCCUUCUGUACGGGCUCACAAGCCUCAAAAGACUACUCGAGUUGCACAAUUAGAGAAGAAACUUGAUGGAAUUGUGAAUCUCCUGCAACAGCAACAACAAGGCGUCCAUUCCCAAGAUACAACACCGACAUUCUCUCCACUAGUCACCAAUGAAAACAUCCUCCCCAGAUCACCACCCCUCCCCGAACCAGAACCGGAAAAUCCAAUCCCUAACAGAAGUACUUCUCAUGUCAUCCCUAAACCUCUUGAACCGAGUAAAAGGCAAUCUGUCUACGAAAAAAGCACAAAUGCCUGUCUCCUCGCCCACGCCAACUCGGAUCUCGAGCCCAACGAUAAGGAGAUCGAGAGGCUGGUAAGAUUGUACCAGGUUGAAAUGACGGCGAGAUUUCCAUUUGUGGUUAUUGAGACUGGACGAUUGACAGGGAAGCAAUGGGUAGCGAGCAAACCGGUGCUGGGAAAGGCGGUCUUGAUGGCGGCAAGUUAUUAUAAUUUGCCGAGACAGACGGUUUAUGAGACAGCGUUGGUGAGGGAUUUGACGGAAAGGAUUAUGGUGAGAAGGGAAAAGACUUUAGAGUUGUUGCAGACGAUUUUGGUCUUUUGUGGGUGGUAUCAUUACCAUUGUUUAGGACAUCCCCACCUGAACAAUCUCCUAGGCCUAGCAAUGGGUCUCGCUGGAGAUUUGGGACUGAAUAAGCCGCCAUCGGCCGAUAGAUUCAAGUAUCCAUUUGGCCACAGCAGAGCCACAGCGGGAGAUUUCUCAAGGAGAACCAUGGAGCAGAGAAGAGCCUUAGCUGGUUUAUUCUAUCUAACCUCUUUAGUUGCCACAGGCUUUCAGCGUAUAGAUGCUAUGAGAUAUUCCAUACAUCUCGAUGAAUGUGUUCGUUUCAUAGAGAAGAAACCAGAACAUACUACAGAUCUCUUACUAGUUGAGUUAGUGAAGAUAUCGCAUCUUGGAGAAAAGAUUGGGCAAGCGGUCUUACUUGUUCAGAGUGAUAGUGAAAUUCAAGUCCCUACUGCGUUGAAGUUGGGUUCAUUUCAGAUGGAACUAGAUAUAUUGAAGAAGGGUAUUCCUAGUGCUCUGGGAGAUGAUGUAAUCCUACAGCUUCACCAUCACAUUUCUACCAUCCGUCUCUACGAAGUCGCAUUGACUAAUGGCUGGAUACCCACAAAUGCAACACAAUCACCUCAAUCUAUUUCAGCAGCCCAAUCAAUUCACCCAUCGCCUUUACAUCCAUCUCACCUACAAUCUCUCUAUACUUGUCUCCACCACACACGCUCUUUCCUUCACUUAGUCCUCUCAAUUUCUCCGUCCACCUAUCUAAGUCAGCCUAUUGCUCCAUGGUCCCUCCUCGCCUAUGCCCUCAUGGUUCUCGCCCGUCUAUCCUUCUACCAAAAUCCACUUCUCCCCUCCUGGAACCUCGAUUUCGUCCGUGAAGUCUGUGAUCUCUCCUGGGUGUUAAAAGAGCUAGCAGAGCGUAACGAUAGAGCGAAAUUUGUAGAUAUCAACAUCACUACCGAAGAUGGAGAAUGGGGGAAAGACGCAGAGGUGGGUAAUGAUGGAAGAAGAGUAGGAGAGGGCUGGACAGAUUGCUUCGACAAGUUUGCGAGGAAGAUACGUUUGGUGAGGGGGUGGUAUGAUCAGAAGGUUGCUGCUUAUGGGAGUUCGGCACAGUCACAGCCGCUAGGAGAUGGGUUUAGAGUUGACAGGAAUGCUGUGGAGGAUAUUAAUGCAGGAGGCACGUUGACGCAGAUUGAUGCUGGAAUGGAGGGUGUGUUAAAUGAACAGGUGAGCUCAGAUACAAUGCCAUUGUUGGGUGAUUUGGAUAUGAGCCCUUGGGAUGGAUUCGAUGGGCAGAAUUUUUGGAUGGAUUUGGGAGAAUGGAAUGUAGAUGGGUUGGAGGCUAUGGGUGCGAUGCUGUAG